AUGCAUAUCAUAGUUCAUUUAUCAAUAAAAAUUGUGCGUAUUUUACAUGUUGUUUUUUCUUUAAUAAUUCGUUUAUUAUUUUCAUUUCAUCGUGAAAAUAUUCUUGUUAAACAAGGAUCAAAAUAUAAUUAUUCAAUAAUAAUAUCUCAAUGUGGAACAAAACGAAUAAUGCGUUUUAAUAAUUUGUCAAAUGGUGCACAAGCUCAACUUGAUUUAAAUCGAGUCGAUUAUCCUUUUGUUGAAUAUAUUCAAUUGAUGAUUAUUUCAUUAACAUAUUACCCAUUUUUAUUAGAUAAUAAAAAUAUUUUAAUAAUUGGACUUGGUGGAGGAACACUUCCACGAGCUAUCAGAAAACUUUAUCCAACAUGUUCCAUAACAAUUAUUGAAAUCGAUCCUCUUGUUGAUGAAAUGGCAAAAAAAUAUUUUUAUUUUAAAGAAGAUUCAAACAUGAAAGUUAUUAUUAAUGAUGGACGAAAUUUUUUAAAAAGUUCAUUAAAUUCAAUUAAUUAUGAUAUUAUUUUACUCGAUGCAUAUGAUUCAAUGAGUGGUUUACCUUCUCAUAUGAAAACACAAGAAUUUUUUCUUGAACUAAAAAAUCUUUUAAAUCUUAAUGGUGGAUUAUUCAUUGUGAAUCUUGUUUGUAUUUAUCAAUCGUAUAUAAAUGUUCGUCUAACAAUAGAUUCAGUUUUUGGACAAAAUAAUUUAAUUACAUUUCGAUCAACUGAUUUCGUUAAUAUGAUUGUUGUUGCUUCAGCAGCAAUUGAAAAUUUUCCACUUGUUAAUCAAAAAUCAAAUAUAAUUAAUGAUAUACAAGAAAAAUUAUUAAUUGAUAUUAAUUCAUCAUUAAAAAGAAAACAAAGACAAAAACAAAUUCAUAAUCAAAAAUUAUCGGGAAUAAUUUAUAGAGACGGUAUGAAAAAUAUGAAAAGCGAACAACAAAUGUCGCUGAUAGAAUUUGUUAAUAUUGUUUAA